GCCGCCGCGCAGGGGUCGCCGCGCUCCCCGCCGCCGCCAUCAGCCGCCGCCGCGCUGGCCCCUCCGCCAGCAUACGGAUUAACUGACCCCUUUGACAAGUUUAUGGAGCUGCCGUCUCUCUGCUUGCUGCGCUUUCCGAGAGGAGAAAGAGGUGUAUGAGAUUAGAGGAAAAUGCCUCGGACAAAGCAGAUACAUCCCAGAAAUCUGAGAGACAAAAUUGAGGAAGCACAAAAGCAACUUAAUGGAACAGAAGACCAACAGAGAGAAAUCACCGAUGCUGGCACUAGAGGAACCCAAGACACAAUCAAAGGUGUGAAAAGAAAAAAGAUUGUGACCGAAAACCACCUGAAAAAAAUACCAAAAUCGCCUUUGAGAAGCCCUGCUGAAGCCAAGGUUAAGCAAAAUGUGGACCCUUCACCCCUAAAAGCUCUUCCAGAUGCCUCUGAACACAGCACGGCACAGGAUCACACACCCGUGCAGAACGGAAAUCAGUGUACCAGCCAAAACGGGGGAGUGCCCAGCAGCGAGAUCCGUGCCGAAACGGCCCCAUCGGAGACAUCAAUGCAGACAAAACUUUCCUUGACGCAUCAGUCCUUGAACUUAGGUACACAGGCGGUGGAGGAGACUGCUGCAAAGGACCUGAACUCACCAGAGAAGUCUCUCUCCAACUCCUCGUCCAGUAAAACAAAGACUGACAGUAAUGAAUGUAUUACCUUUGCUGAUUGCGGUACGUCGUCACCGUGCACACGUACUGCCUUCGAUGUCUUACUAAAAGCUAUGGAGCCUGAACUGAACACCUUAGCACAAGAGUGCCCCACUUACGGGAUGCAGAUAGAGAAACUGAGACCAAAUAAAACUGUAAGCACCUCUUCUAGUCUCACGUCCAACACCAUGAGCGUCCAAAACCAGGCAGCUUUGUCGCAGCAGGACUUUGCAGCCGGGCCUCGCUAUUACCCUUGCACGUUAAACAACGUGCACGUAGCAGCAGCCGCCAAGACUGGACAAGCACAAGGCCCGUCGCUUUCUCAUUCACAGGAUCUUCCUACCAAAACCAGUCAACAAAGUCAGCAGGUUGUGAUGUGCCCGAGUUUCACUAGGUCGCUGGUGCAGCAGCAGCAGCAGCAGCAGGGUCAAGAAAACCCCAAGCUGCAGCAGUUAUACAGCAUAGCAGUGACGUCGUCCGUCGUUCACACCUCACCUUCCACCGUGUCUCAGGUUUUUCCUCAAAACCAGUUAGUAGCCAGUUCGUCCUCACCCCAGUCGAUUAGCACAUCGAGCUCCACACACUUGUCUAUAGGUCCCAUGUACAAUUCAGCCCAGAUAGCCUCGGUUGUAAACCACGGUGUAGAACAAAUAUGCAGCCUGCUGAAAGACCAGAAGCCUAAAAAGCUGGGGAAGUACGUGUGUGAGUAUUGCAAUCGGGCCUGUGCCAAGCCCAGCGUUCUCCAAAAGCACAUCCGAUCCCAUACCGGAGAGCGACCGUAUCCAUGCGUCACGUGUGGGUUUUCCUUUAAAACCAAAAGCAAUCUGUACAAGCACAAAAAAUCUCACGCCCACGCCAUCAAACUCGGGCUCGUCCUACAACCGGAUUCGAGCGGCCUCUUCUUAUCCCCCGACUCGGACAAAGCACUUAGCAUUCAUUCAGACGUGGAAGAGAGCGGGGAGAGUGAAGAUGAAGGCACUGCUGAUGAAAGGCAAGACGAGCAGGAACCGGAACCCGGACAAAUAGUGAAAGUCAUUUCGAGUGCAGAAACGUUGAGGAAAGGAAGCCCCGUCCCAUCAAGCAACCCAGACUGUAUAGCAGGCGACUCUUCGCUGCACGAUACGGAACCUCAAGUAAGGGCGGCUUUACCAAAAGUAGUGGUUCAUCCCGUAAAUGUUUCUCCCUUAAGGGCUGAUAGCCCCAAAGUGACAGAACCAGCCCCCGAGCUUGCUGCAGCACAGAGGAAAGGAGACCUCAAAGUGACGGCUCUUCAGUCAAAUUUAACCCACGCGGCCCCAUUCAAGGAGAACGACGCCAAGCAACAUCAGAAAGGAGAAACGGGCCCAGCAGAGGAGCAGGUGGCGUCCGCUGUAGGAGCGGUUCACGCUCAGCUCCAGAGACAGCAGGCGACCGAUGGUUCCCAAGAGCAGCAAGGAAAAUGUCUCCUGAGCCCCAGAAGUUUGGGGAGCACUGAUUCUGGUUACUUCUCUCGUUCCGAAAGUGCCGACCAAACGAUGAGCCCGCCGGCUCCUCUCGUCAGAGGAUUGUUGACCUCCGAGAAAGAUGCAAACAAAACCCUGCCCUGUGUGCCACGAGCAAGCGGCGUGGUGGCGUCAGUGGUGCAAACGGUUUGUGCCGAAAAGAAUCUGAUGCUCUCUGGCCAAAUGCGACCUCCCAUGGCAACAAAAACUCUGGAGGAGCGGAUCUCAAAGUUGAUUUCUGAUAACGAAGCGGUGGUGGAUGACAAACAGUUAGAUAGCGUGAAACCAAGGAGAACGUCGCUUUCGAGGAGAGGAAGCAUAGAUUCACCCAAAUCCUACAUAUUCAAGGAUUCCUUCCAGUUUGAUUUAAAGCCUAUGGGAAGAAGAACCAGCUCAAGCUCUGAUAUACCAAAGUCUCCUUUCACACCCACCGAGAAAUCGAAGCAAGUUUUUCUUCUGUCUGUACCGUCCCUCGACUGUUUACCUAUAACACGAAGCAAUUCCAUGCCUACCACCAGCUACUCAGCAGUACCUCCCAACGUCAUACCUCCCUCUCACCCCCUCCGAGGAAGUCAGUCGUUUGACGAUAAAAUCGGCUCUUUGUACGACGAUGUGUUUGUGUCGGGACCUGCUGCUCCCCUGAGCCAAGGCGGGCACCCUCGGCCCCUCGUCAGACAGGCAGCCAUAGAAGAUUCUUCUACCGGCGAAAGCCAAGUCCUCGGGCCGGUGCGAUCUGUGGAGGAAACCUACCUGGGGUGUAAUUUAUCAAAUGAGUCAUUAUUGCAAAGGAGCAAGUCCCUGGCACAGGGAUCAAACGUAGAGAAAACAAAGAAGUCCCCUCAGGUGAGAGGGACGAUGUUUGAGUGUGAAACCUGCAGAAACAGAUACAGGAAACUGGAAAACUUCGAAAACCACAAGAAGUUUUAUUGUUCCGAGUUGCACGGACCUAAAACAAAAGCAGCAACCCGGGAGCCCGAGCAUAAAAGCGUUCCAAACAGUACCCAGCCUCAAAUUCUGCACUACAGAGUCACGACCUCGACCGGCGUCUGGGAGCAGACACCCCAGAUAAGGAAGAGAAGGAAAAUGAAAAGCGUCGGCGACGACGAUGACCCACAGCAAAAUGAUACGGGCAUAGCUGCAAAGAACACGGAAAGCCAAAGCAAAGCAGCAAAUUCCUCCGGGCUGUCGAAACACGGUGUCACAACGGUGCUGGGAUCGCAACAGCCAGGCAACCUGCUACUUCAGAGUCCCCAAAUUCAGCUUGUGGCUCGAGGCACGGAUCAGCCUGCCGAGCCAAAGAUGGCUCCGCUCGUCGAGAAGCAGGCGGGUUCAACCGUGCAAGAAAAGGUGGAGCUGAAAAGGCAAGGGACUGGCAUUUCAGUUAUCCAGCACACCAAUUCACUGAGCAGAAACAGCUCGUUUGAGAAAUCCGAGUCGUUCGAAAGAGCAUCGCCAGUUUCUUCUCAAGAGCCCAACAAGGUCGCCAAGCACCGCUCCUUGAAUACGGUCGUGAUCCAAGAAGACAGGCACCCUCGUCUGAAUACGCCCCAGCAUCAUCAACCCUUGUCCUUAGAAGCACCUAGAGGGGAGGUUAAGGGAAGCCAAAUCGUUUCCACCGAGAGAAGCGCUCCGCUUCAGCCCUCGCGGCUCAUCCGCCAGCACAACAUCCAGGUUCCCGAAAUACUGGUCACGGAAGAACCAGACAGGGACCAGGAAAACCAAUGCAGCGACCAGGAGAAGACAGAAAGGUUUAACUGGCCGCAGCGCAGCGAGACGCUGUCGAAACUGCCAACGGAAAAGCUCCCACCCAAGAAGAAAAGGAUUCGCUUGGCCGAGAUGGAGCAUUCGUCCGCCGAAUCCAGCCUCGACUCCACGCUUUCCAGGAGCCUCAGCCGCGAGAGCAGUUUGUCUCACGCCUCCAGUUUCUCGGCUUCCCUCGAUAAAGAUGAUACUUUGAAGGCCGAGAACCCGUCCAAAGCGGAGGCUGUCAGUAAGCCCUCGGAAUUCCUCAUGAUUCCCGCCGGCUCGCACGCGCUGGCCGUGCCCGGGCCUCACUACCGGGAAAUGAGACGCGCCGCCUCGGAGCAGAUCAGCUGCACGCAGCCCUCCAUGGAGGUCGUGGACUACAGGAGUAAGUCCUUCGAUUGUGGAAGCAUGUCUCCGUCCAAAGCUGCCCCCCUCCUGGAGACAGCCGCUCCCAAAGGGUCCUCUGCAAAUGGAGUGACUGGACACGUGCCUCUGCUAGAGAGGAGGAGGGGGCCGUUCGUAAGACAAAUAUCGUUAAAUAUCGCUCCAGAAAGCCCUCAGCCUCAAGUCAAAGCAACUUCCUCGUUUCAGGCAGCCCACGUUCCGGACGUGCCCGCGGCGCCGUUGCACAGGCUGCAGCCCUCGGGCAAACCUUCGGUGGAGUUUCCUUCGAGUACUCAGCAUUCCCAGACGCACUCCAGGCCUCACGCGGCGGUUCAGAACUGUACUCCUGUUAGCCUGGCUUCGGCUCAGCAGCCUCUAGAUCACGCACUGAACCAUCAAGGACAGGGAUCCUCGACUCGCCAGCCUGCCCAGCCGUCUGCUAAAACAUCAGCCCAAGGGGAGCAGGUGAGCACGUACUCCCUCUCUUGUCACGCCGAUGACAAAAAGGAUUGCUUCGCUCCAAAGUACCAACUUCAAGUGAAAACGUUGUAUAUAGGUCAGCCCUACUCUUCCAAAUUGCUAAAAAACACCUUAGCAACUCAGACUGUUCCAAGUCAAGCUGGGGCGGAGCAGAAUGCAGCCUCCUUUGAACUGCAGGCUAAACUGUCUGACGUGUCUAACCCGUACUCCGUGCCUCCUCUAAAGCAGAUCGUCCCGAACAACUGCAGCAGCCAGAUACCUCAGCUUCCCCCCUUUGUGGUUCCCGUCCGUAUCCACAGCAGCGUGCCGUCCUACGGCUUUGCAACCGUCACAGCCCUCCCCCACAUCUUGGUCACCCAGGAGCAGGGGAAUCGGUCCGUUUGCAAAACCAGCGUCGCGACGGUGCCAACGCUCGAAGGCAAAACGCAGGUGCCAAAAUCUCACAAAGAUCACCAGAGGACUUUGCCAAACUCGUUUGAAUUUGAAAAUUCCCAGCUGGAAUUGAGAAAUUCACCUCUGUCAAGCUCUUUGAAUAUCAUUCAGAAAGUGCCAGUUAGCGGGCUCUUCCCUCAACCAGAAGCUACGGCUUCAAGCAAGCGAAUGCUUUCCCCAGCCAACAGCUUAGACAUUGCCAUGGAAAAACAGCAAAAACGUGUUAAAGAUGAGAGUGGGGCUGCCUGUGUGAUGGAUAACAGGCCAUUGCAUUCCCUGAACCUUAGAUCUAAUGACCCUACCGGUAAGCAAAAGAAACCGGUUUUGGUAAGACAGGUUUGCACCACGGAGCCUCUUGAAAAUCACCUCUUAGAUCCCGAUGGUGUUGUGCAGCACGAGAAGAGCAGCAAAGCUGGUGCUUCGGACCUGCUGGUGUCUGAUCGUCCUGCAGCUGACACCGGGGUUUCAGAGACCCCCAAGGAGUCACCAGAAUCUGAAGACCUUAAGUCUUCGGCGUCACCGGUGUUUGUAGUUAGGAAACCAUCCGAAUUGUCGCCGGUGAACAAUCAGAGUUCUCUUCUCAAGGCUGGCAGCGGCAGUCAAGAGAGGAGGUCCCCAGGGAACGAGAGCAAGAACAUCAACAGCCAGGGCCAGGCAAGGCCUGUAACUACGUUGGCUGCGAUGAACGCAGGAGAAAUGCAGAGGUUGUCCUUCCCAAGCCUCAAGACCACAACGAGCUUUACCUGGUGUUACCUCCUGAAGAGAAAACCGUUGCACCUGCUGCAAAACGACCAGAAAAUCUCAGCCUAUUCCACCUGGACCGUUAGCCCCAACAAUCCCAAUCCGCUUGGUCUGUCGACAAAGGUGGCUCUCUCCCUCCUCAACUCCAAACAAAAAGUGGAAAAGCCCCUGUACACUCAAGCAAGAACUACUCAUCCCAGGUCCGAUGUGUUGGUCUACUCAAGCAAGUGGAAGAACAGCUUAACCAAGCGAGCAUUAAAUAGAAAGAAACUGGCUGCAACGGAAUUCAGCAAUAAGGAAAACUCUGAGUCAAGCACUGAGCACGACAAAGAAAACUCCUUCAUCAAAACUGAACCCAGAAGAGUUAAAAUAUUUGAUGGAGGGUACAAGUCAAAUGAAGACUAUGUGUACGUUCGGGGGAGAGGGAGAGGGAAGUAUAUCUGCGAGGAAUGUGGGAUCCGUUGCAAGAAGCCCAGCAUGCUGAAGAAGCACAUUCGCACACACACCGACGUCCGGCCCUACCACUGCAACUACUGCAACUUUUCCUUCAAAACUAAAGGAAAUUUGACAAAACAUAUGAAGUCAAAGGCACAUAGCAAGAAAUGCAUGGAUUUGGGAGUCUCGGUAGGCUUAAUAGAUGACCAGGAUGGAGAAGAGGAAUUUGGUGAGAAGCAAAGGUUUGGCUACGACCGGUCAGGAUACGACGUGGAAGAGUCCGAUGGUGCAGACGAAGACGAAAACGACAACGAGGAUGACGACGAAGACAGCCAGGCUGAGUCAGUGCUCUCCACCACCCCCUCGGUGACAGCCAGCCCCCAGCACCACCCCUCUCGCCACGGCCUCCAGGACACCGCCGGCACCGACGAAGACAUCAGGCUUCCCGACUGCUUCGCCGGCGUUCACACGGACUCCAUGGACGGCCUCCCGAAAGCCCUGCUGACCAAGAUGACUGUCCUUAGCGCGGUGCAGUCGGUCAGCAGGAGCUCCAGGUCACCAGCAGAAUUCUCCCAUCAGGAAGCAGCUGAGGAUAAAGGCCAGGAGAGAGGAGCUGGGCCCCGCGGCAGCAGCGCGGUGCCGGUGGACGUCUCUCCUCCAUCUCCAGGUCACCAGAUGUCUGUGGAUUACCCAGACCCAGCAACAGCCCUGGGCCACUCCUUGAUACCAACCACAGCUCUUACAAAGAGCGCGGCCUCCGUGGGCUCCCCCUCCUCGCAGGUGGCAGCGCCUUACGCUGAGAUCCCGGAGGAGAAGCCGCCCGGCUGCCCGCCGCCCGCCAACGAGCCCAGGGCUCCCCAGACUCACCUCUUCAGCCACCUCCCCCUGCACUCGCAGCGCCAAGCCAAGGCAGCCUACGGCACGGUCCCGGUCGGGGGCAUUCAGGUGGUGCCCGCCGGCCUGGCCACCUACUCCACCUUCGUUCCGAUCCAGGCGGGGCCGGUGCAGCUCACCAUCCCGGCCGUCGGCGUCAUUCACAGAACUACCAGCGCCCUGGGCGAGACGGGCGGCGCGGCCGCCGGCCCCGCCGCCAACCCCGUGGGGAUGGCCGAGGUGAACGGCGUGGUGCCCUGCAUCCCCAUCGGCCAGGUGAGCGUGCCGGGCAUCCAGGGGCUCGGCACGCCCGGCCUGCAGCCUCUGCCUCCGCUGGGCGUGGAGACCCUCAACAUCUUGGGCUUGGCCAACGCCAACAUCGCCCCGCAGAUGCGGCCGUCGGGAAUCACGCUGAACGCCGUGGGCCUCCAGGUUCUGACGGCCGGCGCGGCCCCGCCGGGCAACCCCAGCCGGCAGCCGCACAUCCCCGGCCUGCAGAUCCUGAACAUCGCCCUGCCGACCCUCAUCCCCUCCGUCGGCCCCGCGGGCGCCGACGGGCAGGGGGCCGCCGAGCCUCCCGCCGCGGGCACCAAAGCCGGCGAGGCCCCGCCGGAGCCGGCAGAGCCAGGCCAGGCCGGCAGCGCCGCCUCUCCUCAGCGCUACGGCGGGAAGAGCCGCGCCGAGCCCUCCCCGAGGGGCGACCGACCCGACGGCCCGGGCAAGGCGGAUCCCGAAAGGACUGAGGCGGCCAAGUUGAAGCGCGACGGCCCUGCCGCCCAGGCGCAGGUGGCUGCCGCGGCCGAGCCCCGCUCCAAGGCCGACGCCGACGCCUUCGCCGAGGCCCCGCUCCGCCCAGCUGUGUCCCCGGACAGACAGCCCAGUAGUCGCAGAGGCGCUCGGCUCCUUCCUUUUGGUUAUCCUUGCAGCUGCGUUCAGCUCGAAAGGAUGCCCCCCGUGGUUUCACCUGCCACCAGAGAGAAACCCUCCCACUCUUCAGGCUUACCCGGAGCCAGACCUUCCAUCCCAAACCGUCCCACGAUGGCCAAGCGGGGAGGGAGCCCACCAGGUUUUUGUAGAGUGUUUUGAAGUCAUCAAGGUCAAGAGACUGAAGCGGCAUCUUGAAGGAUAAGAAUGACGAGACAACAGAUAUGUCAUAAAGAGGGAUGUUGAGACGUGUGUCAUUUGUGUUUCAGAGCAAGACCUCACACACCUCAUGCUGAUUAAUUUCUGCUGGACUGGGUAACUGGCUCCCUGUGGACAUCCCAUUUACCUGUGAAUCAUCGUUCCUCUCCUUGAGACAUCCCCCAACUCAGAUCGAAGAUCCAGAAGGUAUUAGACAUGAAGCUCAAACAUUAGAAAAGGCACACACAAAGAAAUGCAUCUCUCCUGUCCUGCUGAAAGCUGGCUUGGUGAACACAACCCCAAGCACUUCUUAUAGAAGAAAGAGUGGAAAGACAACGAGAAGGAGAAAGAGACUUCAGAGUGGUACAAGUUAUUUUUCCUAAGUAUUUGCACUUUUGUACUUACUUAGUUGUCCCUUGCAGUUGGAAACUCUUCAGGCUAGAGCCUCACCUGAUGGCAAAUGACAUCCACAGGCUUCAGCAAGAGCUGCAGUGGCUGCCUGAGCCGAGGACUUGGCGCUCCCCAUUUCAAUAUGGAGCCUUGCCUAGGGACACACAAAUUAAAGCAACAUGAAAGCACGUGGUCUGUUUGUUCAAGUGUCUGUUGUGGUGUUGAUGUUGGUGG